AUGUCAGCUGAGCAAGCCUUCGGUGAUGCGUCUUUUAACGUGGAACGCUACCUCUCCAAUAGGCCGCGAUACCCGGAGCACCUCUACGAGUGGAUCCGCCGGUACGUGGCCCGCAAUGCGGCCCUGUCACCACCAGCGGAGCGCACUCUCUUAGAUCUGGGAUGCGGACCAGGAUUCGCAGCUUUUCCGCUCUUGCGAGACUACGCAAGAAAGGAGCUGAUCGGCAUUGAUACAGGCAAAGGGAUGGUAGAGACUGCGCCCAAGGCGCUGACUGCUUGGGUCGCACAGAAUCGCGGUCAGAUGGAAGGCAUCAACAGCAUAAGGGCGCCGCGCUUUCUUGUCGGGUCUUCAAAUGACUUAAGCGGGCUGGUCAAAGAUCAAGAGGUGGAUGUGGUGAUUGCAGCUACGGCGGCGCAUUGGUUCUCGUACAAGGAAACGUGGAGCGAACUCACCCGCGUUGUCAAACCCGGAGGAGCAGUCAUCUGGUGGACGUACGGGGAGCACUACUUACCGGCUCAUCCGGAGCUUCAAGAGGAUAUCUACGCCUUCAUGCAAGGAGGAGAGGGCCAAGAUCAGAACCAACAGGGCUCUAUUGGCCCUUACUUCCCUCAGCCAGGCCGGACGUAUCUCACCAAGCUGCUCCAGCCUGUUCCCUUCCCUCACGAGGUUGCCUCCUUUGAGGCAGGUAAAGGCGCAGCGCUCAGCGGGGAGGACAUAGCCCAGUGGAACCUCGAAAGUUCAACGAGACAUUUUCAUCCGCUCGUAGACGGAGGUCGAGCCGAUCUCUCCUGGCUCAAAUCGCAGGCGCAAGCGAACGCGGAACCCUUGCAAGACCAUCACUCGUCUUGGCAAGAGCAGCUCGAGCGCCUGCAAAGCGGCACUAGCACCCCUUCAGCGAACCGCAAUGAUCUCUCCUCUCCGCCGCGCCUUGAACAAAUAUGGACGUGGGAGCAGUACGAAGGCUACAUAAGGUCGAGCUCAGCCCUUCAUGCGUAUCUGAAGGCUCAUCCGGAAGAGAAGGAGGGUGAUGGGGAUAUUGUGAGUCGUUUUGUGACGGAGAUCAGGGGGAAAGUGCUAGCAUUGAGAAGGGAGAAGAGGGAGGCUAGAGAACGUGACAUUGACAAAAGCGCGGCGGAGAAGAGAGAGGGGAAGCUGCAUCAAGGGUUGAGCGACGACAAGGUCCGAGUAGCGUGGCCAUUGGGGAUAAUGGCCAUCGCAAAGAAGGCUUGA